GGAGCCAAAUUAGGGGGACGACCAACGCUAGGGGAGGGCGAAUUUUCACUCUGCUAUCGACAGAUUCUGUGGACAAAAAUAGCGGAAUUCGCCUGCCUGCCUGCCUGCCUUCAACUGUCAAGGGUUACGUUUCAUCACCUCGUUUAAGAGAGGGAGGCCAGGCCAGGAUGAACGGCGACUCAGGUGCCGGUGUGGUGACGGCCCACCCUCCCGCCACCGCCCCCCACAAGGAGCGCUACUUUGACCGGGCGGUGGACGAGAGCAGCCCCGAGUACCAGCGGGAAAGAAACAUGGCGCCCGCUCUGCGCCAGGACUUCAACAUGAUGGAACAGAAGAAGCGAGUCUCCAUGAUCCUCCAGAGCCCGGUGUUCUGCGACGAGCUGGAGUCCAUGAUCCAAGAUCAACUGAAGAAAGGCAAGACACCCACCAGCCUGCUGGCCCUGCAACAGAUUGCCGACUUCAUGACCACCAGCAUGCCCGCCAUGUGUCCUGCUGCGCCGCAGGGGGGUAUGGCAGCGCUCAACAUGAGUUUGGGUAUGGUCACACCGGUGAACGAUUUACGUGGAUCGGAUUCUAUCUCGUAUGACAAAGGCGAGAAGCUCCUCAGAUGCAAGCUGGCAGCGUUCUACCGGCUCACUGACCUGUUUGGCUGGUCGCAACUCAUUUACAACCAUCUCACAGUAAGGGUGAGCUCCGAGGAAGAUCGAUUCCUCAUUUGCCCUUUUGGGCUCCUGUAUAGUGAAGUCACCGCAUCCAGCCUGGUGAAGAUAGAUUUGUCAGGUGACAUCGUAGAUCGGGGAAGCACUAACCUCGGCGUCAAUGGCGCCGGCUUCAAUCUGCACGCUGCCGUCUAUGCUGCGCGGCCGGACGUCAAGUGCGUCGUCCAUAUACACACGGCUGCCGGCGCAGCGGUGUCGGCCAUGAAAUGCGGCCUGCUACCCAUCUCACCUGAGGCUCUUGCUCUCGGUGAGGUGGCCUACCAUGACUACCAAGGCAUAGUGGUGGAUGAGGAGGAACGAGUUGACAUUCAGAAGAACUUGGGCAAAAAUGCUAAGGUGCUCAUCUUAAGGAACCACGGUUUGUUAUCAGUUGGCGAAACUGUGGAGGAAGCUUUCUAUUACAUCCACAACCUGGUCAACGCAUGUGAGAUUCAGGUGCGAACACUGGCCAGCGCUGGAGGCCCAGAUAACCUGGUGAUGCUUGACCCAAGCAAGUACAAGUCCCGUCCUCGCGUUCCCGAGCCCGCCGGCGACGGGUCCACCGCCCAGCCCAAGUGGCUAGUAGGGGAGCAAGAGUUUGAGGCUCUCAUGCGAAUGCUCGACAACCUGGGCUAUCGGACCGGCUACCCUUACCGUUGUCCGGCAUUACGAGACAAAGGUAAAAAGUACAGUGACGCGGAGAGCGCUCACUUGGCCGGUUACACUUACGGCGAGGACAGCGACUCGGGCGCUCGCUCCCCAAUGAAACACAGCUUCCAGCGCGGCCAGCGCGACAAGACCCGUUGGCUCAAUGCCGGCGGUCGGCCCGACGAGCCCGGCGAGGACGGGCCCGACGGCGGAAGCCCCAAGUCGAAGCCUAAGGUGUGGACGAAUAUAACACACGAUCACGUCAAACCCUUGCUGCAGUCUCUCUCGUCCGGUGUCUGCGUGCCAAGCUGUAUAACCAACUGCUUGUGGACUAAAGAGGAUGGAAUGCGACAGGCCGCCGUGGCCAAUCAGUUCAUCCCGUUGAACACCAAUCCCAAAGAUGUGCUGGAAAUGAGGAAUAAGAUCCGCGAGCAGAAUCUGCAGGACAUUAAGACUGCCGGGCCUCAGUCUCAGGUUCUGUGCGUUGGCUCAGUGGUGGAGCGCAACUUUCAGCAGGACGCCCCUCUGUCUGACUGUACAGACACUAUUGACAGCCUCGAUGCCUCGGAGGGGUCCUAUAGUCCUGCUAGAUCUAUUAGAAAGGGAGAACUGGUGACCGCGUCCAAGGCCAUCAUUGAGAAGGAGUACCAGCCCAAGGUGAUUGUCAGCAAGCAGGGGCCCAACCCCUUCAACAAGCUCACCGACCAAGAGCUGGACGAGUAUCGGCGAGAGGUAGAGCUGAAGCAGAAAGGACCUGAAGUGCAGGAUGAAGGUGAUUGCAAGGCCGCACUCUCCUCCAAGCUGGAAAGCGUCGAAGCCCCAGUUCCCCCUCCCGUGUUAUCUGAACCCGGCACGGCAACAGCCUCCGGGCAGGGGCCCCCGCCCCUUGGCCUUGUGGAUGCAGUCCACCCGGACUCUCCCCAUAAGGAGUUCCACUGCGCCGUGCUGCGAGCCCUCAGCAAGGAGCCGAUGGAGGCGAAUCAGGCUGAAGAUCAAGAGUUGGAGGAACCAGAGGAAGAGGCCAAAGACCCAAAGGCCACCUGUACACCACCCAGCACUCCAGUCAGGGCAGAGGAAGAGACCUUGCCAGUGCUGACAUUUAAGGACGACAGUGACGCCGCGACCCUGAGACAGACCCUGCCUGACUUAACCCCCGAUGACCCAUUCGACGCCCCAGCGCUUCCCAUCGAGGAUUCAGACGCCGCCCCCGCCCCUGCUGCCGCCGAACCCACCGACGACGUGGAGGAACCCGCUGCUGCCGACGCAGACGGCGAUGAGUCUCCCAGCAAGUCCCCCUCCAAAAAGAAAAAGAAGUUCCGCACUCCUUCCUUCUUGAAGAAGAACAAAAAGAAGUCCGAGUCCUAAAUACGAGCUUCCUCAUGCUUUUACCCCUUUUUUGUUUUAACGUUAACACUUGCCGGCUUUUAAAUCUUUCAAUUUUCUUUAGCGCGUGCCAAUUUUGUAUACAUUGUAAAAAAAAAA